AGAGGGUUCACUGACCCACAGAAGGAGGAGUACUUCAGGAAGAGAUUCAGAGAUGAGGAGCAGGCCAGCAGGAUCAUCUCCCACAUCAAGACAUCACGAAGCCUCCACAUCAUGUGCCACAUCCCAGUCUUCUGCUGGAUCACUGCUACAGUUCUGGAGGAUGUGCUGGAAACCAGAGAGGGAGGACAGCUGCCCAAGACCCUGACUGACAUGUACAUCCACUUCCUGGUGGUUCAGGCCAAAGUGAAGAAGGUCAAGUAUGAUGGAGGAAAUGAGACAGAUCCACACUGGAGUCCAGAGAGCAGGAAGAUGAUUGAGUCUCUGGGAAAACUGGCUUUUGAUCAGCUGCAGAAAGGAAACCUGAUCUUCUAUGAAUCAGACCUGACAGAGUGUGGCAUCGAUAUCAGAGCAGCCUCAGUGUACUCAGGAGUGUUCACACAGAUCUUUAAAGAGGAGAGAGGACUGUACCAGGACAAGGUGUUCUGCUUCAUCCAUCUGAGUGUUCAGGAGUUUCUGGCUGCUCUUCAUGUCCAUCUGACCUUCAUCAACUCUGGACUCAAUCUGCUGGAAGAACAAACAACCUCAACAUUUUUCAACUCCCAGUCCUCUCGUCUGAAAGAGCUGGACCUGAGUAACAAUGACCUGCAGGAUUCAGGAGUGAAGUUUCUGUGUGCUGCACUGCAGAGUCCACAUUGUAUACUGGAAACUCUCAGAUUGUGGAACUGUGGUUUGUCAGAGAUCAGCUGUCAUUAUCUGGCAGCAGCACUGAAGUCCAACCCCUCCCAUCUGAGAGAGCUGGACCUGAGUAAUGACUCCUGGUUCUCUACUAAGAACAAGCUGCAGGAUUCAGGAGCGAGCUCCACUAACACUUUCUCCUCAGACACUGCCACCUAG